AUAUAUGAGAUGCUGCCCAACUAUGAAUAUCUUUAAGUGCUAAAUAUUUGUUACAAUCUUUCUUUUUUCGCCGUUGAUUUUCUUCACAUCAAAUGAAGUUUUGGUAGUACUUGAACUAUGUCUCGUAAGUUUUACUCCUUCAUCCUCGCCAAUCAGGAAAUCUCUGUGCAAGAAAUUUCAAGCUAAUAGUUGCCAACACCAGCUUCAAUUGGUGAAACAUCCACCACUCAACAGCAUACCCUUCCUAUUCCUGAACGACGAAAUUCUCAGUAUGACGACUCGCAUGGUACCGGCUUGGGAGCAGGAAAUACACAACCUCGACGACGCUCAAAUGUUUCCGGACGCCUGACUUUUCGCGAUAGUAUACGUGCGCAGGAUCUCGAGAGUUUGACGAGGACAGCUAGUGUUAUUAGUGGGCAUCAGGAUGCUUUUGCUGAAGCGCAUGCGGACUCUACCAGGGAGAACGACAGCGGGAAGGAAAGGGAUAAUGGAAAUACAACGAUAACAUUUCCCAAGGCAGCGAAGCCAGGUCCAAUUAGUACGAUCAGAGAAUUACCUAGCGAAUUCAACACGCCUUACUCAACACGUCCUCCAUCUCCUUCCUCUGCUGCUAAUACACCAGGUCCGCACCCACAUCGAAAAGGAAACGCAAAUACAACCGUCGGCGGAACUAGCACUCCGCGCGACUAUUUCGAGCUCCAAAUCGAAGAACCCUCGAGAGAUUUGCCCGAAACUUCAUACCCAGAUAUCGGCAGUGUCAAAAGUUUCCGCGGCGCCCUUAUCCUCCUAACCACAUGCGGAGCACAACUCAUGGAUAAUGUCUUCAUGACAGGUGUCAAUAUCAGUUUACCGGCCAUCCAAAAGGAAUUCGGUGCAAAAGCAAGUGAUCUCCAAUGGUUAAUAAGUGCAUAUACAUUAACUUUUGGAGGAUUUCUCCUACUAGCCGGUGUAUUAAGCGAUAGAUUUGGACGUAAACUUAUUUUUUGCAUUGGGAUGCUUUGGAUUUCCAUCUGGACUAUCGCAAAUGGUUUCGCGACGUCGUUUAUCCAAUUGGCUAUUUUUCGCGCCCUGCAGGGCAUCGGCGCAGCGAUGACGGUGCCCUCGGCCGUGGGAAUCAUUUCUUCGUAUUUCGUGGCGAAGGAUCGCACGAUUGCGUUAUCAUUCUUUGCGGCUUCCGGCGCGGUAGGUUUCUGCGCGGGACUUAUUUUUGGCGGGUUCCUGACGGGUAGUCUCGGGUGGAGAUAUCUCUUUUAUGUUUCGGCUGCGUUGACCGGGUCGUUGGGUAUCUUGGGACAGUUCAUCUUACCGCGCGAUCGGUUGGACGGGAAGGAAAAACCUAGUUUGGAUUUGUUGGGCGCGGGUUUGUCCACUGGUGGAUUGAUUUUGCUUUCGUUUGUGCUGUCCAGUGGAGGUGUCUAUGGAUGGAGCAAGGCUUUUAUUAUCGUCUUGUUGAUUCUUUCCGUGCUUGUUUUGGGGAUUUUUGUCUAUGUGGAGAAGAGGGCUUCGCAUCCCAUUAUGCCGCUUUCGCUUUGGAAAAUUCAAAAUUUUGCUGCUUUGUGGAUUUCGGGCUUUGGUAUGUUGUUUACUUUUUUUUGUCGCUCGUGUCUCUUUCUUCCUUCCUCUCUUCAUUUAACAUGCCCCCUCUUAACUUACAUAUCAUACCAUACUAACAUAAAACCCCAAAGUAUGCUACGGCGGCUACCAAACAGUCCUCUACUACAUCGUUCUCAUAGCCCAAGAAAUCAACCUCCUCUCCCCCGGCAAAACCGCCCUCUACUUCCUCCCUAUGGGCCUCACUGGCUUCAUCUUCUCCAUGUCGGUGGGCAAAAUCCUCGAACGCUACAACACCAAAUCCGUUCUCCUACUAGGCAUGCUAAUGAUGAUGGGUUCGCCCAUCCCCGCCGCCCUCCUAACCCACACCUCCAUCUCCUUCUGGACACACGUACUGCCCACCUCUCUCCUCGUCGUCGCAGCAGUAACUAUCGUCUAUUGUUCCUGCACGAUUAUCCUGCUCUCGAGCGUACCCACUAAUGUGAAGAGUCUCUGUGGUGGAAUGAUUAAUACUGCGUUUCAGAUUGGGUCCGGGGUAGGACUGGCGCUUAGUAGUGCGGUGGUGCAGGCGGUGGAUACGAGGGAGGGGAAGGGUAGUCUUGAGCAGUAUUGUACAGGCCUUUGGUUUUGUGUUGCGUUUGGGGGCGUGGGGUUUCUGGCUAGUGCAGUUGGGGUGAGGAAUUCGACUGCUGGGGGUUUGGGGGAGGAAGGGAGGAGGGAGGUGAUUGUGCAUUAGUUGGUUGGGGGUGUGGUACCGGGUGAUGGGAUUAUGGGUGGGUUUGGGGAUGUGAUCUAUUGGGUUUGUUUGAUUGAUGGGGGAUUUCGAUAUACAUAUAUGAACAGAUGAUAAAUGAAGAUAUUUUGGGUUAUCAAAAUUAGGCUUGGAUAAUACGCAGCGAAUACUAACUACACUACUACGAGGAUAGAUAAUUGUUACAUUUUACAUUUUACAUUUACAAUAAGACAUAAUGGGAUAGAGGAUAGAU